GUUUUCGGCGUGAAAAAAACAACUUGCGCGCGGUCCUAUUGAACACACACACAAGAGAAGCAAUAAUAAUUAAACGAAGCCAAUAAGUGUAUUAUAAUUCUAAUGGUAUAUUAAGUGUGCGCGUGUGUGCCUCAUGUGGAAAUUAAACAAAAUUAGAGGCGUGACAAAAAUUUUGAGUUAAGAAUAUGCCAAUAAAACGAAUUUGAUGUGGAGUUGAUUGUUGGAUUUGCUUGCCAUGAUGCGUUACUCGGAAAUCUCGCGCGACUUAUCCACGGAUAAUCUGCGUUACAAUGAGUUAAGCAGAAAACCCGCCGCUACAGAUUAUAAUGGUUAUACAACGGCUAGCACAAUGCCAGUGUAUGCAGCCACACAGAUUGCUGCUGCAAGGCCAACCAAACAGCGUAGUCCACCUCUAACGAAUGGCAAUGCUCAUACCAUGUCCUGCAUCAGGGACAUGGAUAAGGUCAAGGGUCAAAAGGAUGCACUACAUGCUGGCGAGGCGAAAACUUUAAAUAUUAAAAGUACACGACGCAAAAACUCUAUAGGUUGUCUCAAUAGUUUCUCCUCAUCUCCUGAUUCUCCGGGCUGUUACUAUAGCAUGGCAACAAAUACUCCGCUGCCGUCCAAAUCUCAAAGCCUUCCAGCUCAUGCCUCUAUAAAACAAUUGGAUAAUGUUAUUUUGAGUGCUUUGCGUGUGCCCGCCGAUGUUCUGGCCAAUCAGAUAACUUUGCUUGAUUUUCCCGUCUUUGCCAUGAUACAGCCCGAUGAGCUAAGCAGUUGUGCUUGGACCAAAAAGGAUAAACAUGUUGUGACACCAAAUAUAGUGGCAUUUACCAAGCGUUUUAAUCACACCAGCUUUUGGACCGUACAGGAGAUAUUAAAUGCCGAACAACCCAAACAGCGUGCCGAAAUAAUGACGCAUUUCAUCAAAGUGGCCAAAAAACUACAUGAACUUAACAAUCUGCAUUCAUUAUUUGCUAUCAUUUCGGCCAUGCAGAGUGCAAGUAUCUAUCGUUUAAACAAAACCUGGGCAUGUCUUUCCAAAAAGGAUCGUCAGAGUUUCGAACGAUUAAAGGAUAUUUUUAGCGAGCAAAAUAAUUGGGCGAAUUUGCGUGCCUAUUUGGAAAGUUUACGCCUGCCUUGUAUACCAUAUUUGGGUCUAUUUCUCACCGAUCUAAUCUACAUUGAUCUGGCCCAUCCCCAUAAGGGUGGCCUAGAGCCAGAGCAGCGACGAAAUAAAAUGAAUAAUAUACUCCGUGUCAUCUCGAACUAUCAGCAAUCUGAUUAUAAGCAAAUUCAACCGCAUGAUAUAACCCAAAAGUAUCUCACAUCGAUACGUUACAUUGAAGAGUUGCAAAAUAUAUUCGAAGAGGAACAAUAUAAACGCUCUUUGAGUCUGGAGCCCACUUCACCGUCGUGUGGGCCCAGUUCGUCGUCAUGCAGUUCGAAGGAAUCGUUCAAUGUGGAAACUGUGACACCAGCCUUGGGCUGUUUGAAUCUCUCGCCAGCUAAAACAAUUGGAUCUAUGCGCAUGGCCAGUGGCACCAAAUUCGUGCCAGGUCAUCGCAAAUGCCGCAGUCUGGGCACCAAAUUUCGCAGCAGCAGUUUGCCACGCAAUUUUGCUCAAAAAUGUCAAUGCUGCAUUGUGAUGAUUGCGCCGGGCAUUGGCACAAUCUCCAACAAGCGUUGCAGAUGCCGUCGCAUAUUUGGCAAGAUUGCUCCCAAUCAUAAUCAUAGCGAUGUUGGCCAUUUGCAUUUGGAGCAUGAUCAAAAUCAACAAUUGCCACGUCAUCAUCUACUCGACGAUUCUGUGCUGGAGCACAGUGAUGCCUUGUCCAAUGCCGAUCUAACAUCGUUGGAGAGUGCCGAGGGCGUGUUAUACGAUUUUACGGGCAGCGAUUGUGAUCUAAUGUCACCGGAGGCGGCAGCUGCCAUGCAGGGAUGUGUACGUCGCAAGACAGUCCAGAAGGAGGGACGCAAACCGGCCGUGGCCUCAUGGCAACGCUAUUGGCUACAAAUCUGGGCGAAUUCUUUAGUUUAUUUUCCCCCCAAAUCGUUUAAGGGUAGCGAUCGCAGUGAUUUCAAGCGAGAACCAUGUAAAGUAUGCCCUCUGGAUGGUUGGUAUGCCCAUGUCAGUGAUAAUACGAAGCAUAAGAAUACCUUUGAGCUGUAUCAUCGAACAUUGGGCACUAUUUAUAAAUUUCGCACCGAUAGCCCACAUAUGACGCAUCUGUGGUCGAAUGCCAUUUGUAAAUUGGCCACCAUAAGGGUGCCAAAACCAUUGCCCACCAAUCUGAUGUCCUUUGAGUGAGGCAAGCGCAACAACAACGAAACGUCUCGAAUCUAAUUGUAUUCAUAUUGUGUUUAGUUUAGAUUAUAAUUAGCUUAUACACCACACUGCUCCUUCCUACUACACCCUACAAGAACUCUCCACUUCACUCAACUUGAAAAGUCAUCAAGAACAACGAAGCAAAUCAGCAAAAAAUAAAAAAAAACAUUCCCAAACGAAACCCAAAAACACACAAACAUUAAUAAAGAACGAACAAACGAACCGAUUUGUAAAACAAUUUCAAAUGGUAUUUCAAAAGACUGACACUGACCGGAUGAGCAAGAAUAAUAAUGUAUAAAGAUCGAAAAACUAUAACACACACACACACAGACUAAUAACUAUCAGCUCAAGCUUGGCAACUUUCAUUUUAUGUUUAUCUUUUGUCUAUUUAAAUUUACAACAACUAAAACUUAAGUCAAUUGUAAUUGUAAAACAUUUAUUCAUUUCGUUUUCGUUUAUUUUGUUUUGUGUGCCAUAGUUAAGCUUGAAUUAAAUCGAAUUCGACUUCGAAAUUUCCUUUGUAACAAAGAAUCAAACGAAAAUUAUAGGCUUUAAAAACAAAAGAGAAAUAAAUAACACUAUCACCAA